AUGCGUUCGCAGACCACGUGGUCGUGGAGAUAGAUUCGUGACACGGUGACACGUGGUUGCGCUUGCUCGCGCUCGGAUAUUUUUAAAUAUCAAACAGCGUACUUGCUAAAGUAAUUAAGUCAUGCCAAUUAAAACAUGUUGUGUUUGCGGAAAGGAUGGUGCAUCCUACAAAUGUCCGACGUGCAGGGCACCUUAUUGUUCCAUAGGAUGUUGCAAAGAGCACAAAGUUCAACCUUGCAAACCUUCAGUCUUAUCUGAGAGAGCCAAGGAAUCUCAAAUCAGUGAACGAAAGUAUGAAUUUCCAACGGAAGACACAGUGCCCGUGGAGAAGCUGCAGCAGUUACGUAAUAGUAAGGAAUUGAUAAAGUGUCUCGAGAAUCCCCAUUUACAUGACAUUAUGAAGGCAGUUGUGAAUAGUCCAGAUCCUACUGAGAUGAUUGCAUUAGCCAUGAAAGAACCCAUAUUCGUGGAGAUGGCCAAUGCCUGUCUAAAGGUCGUGGAACCAUCGGACGAUGAUAGGCCGUAUUGAACAGCUUCCAAGUAUGUGGUGCAAAUAAGGCUGUGAUACGUUAAAGAAAGACAUUCUACAUAUUUUUAAUACAACCUAUAAUUGACUGAGUGUAUAAAAAUGUUGAGACGGAAAGUGGUUUUUUUUUAUUUAAAUAUUUAUGUACAUUGUAAGAGUAUACGGAAUAUAAAAAUUUGUGCCAGAUGGAAAUGCAAAGAUAAUGUAAAGUAUUUUUUUUUAUACGAACGUGAACGAGAGAUUAGAUGAAUAAAUGAAGAAUUUAUAUUUA